AUGUCGGGAUACGACAAAUUACCCAACGGCUACGAGUGGUACCGCCAGUCGCAGGCUCUCAUCGGCAAACGCCAGACGCCGACCUCGACAACUGAUAUCACCGGCAUCCAGAUUCUGACCUUGCAGAACCUUCACCGUCCACCACCACCCUCCCUGUCGGAAUAUGAGCGACACAUGCGAGCCCGAGUCUUCUUCACAAUCUAUACCCUGGACUGCAAGCUGUCUCUCAAUGUUGGCAGACCAUACGGGAUUAGGUGGGAGGAUGUUGAGGUCGAGCAACCAGCUCCGCUCAAUGACAUCAACGAAUUUCCCGAUUCGCCAUUAGCAGACGCUGCAAAGAACGGCUUGCUUGGUCAACACCUUCGGAUCUUGCUGCGCCGAGGGGAGUUUCUGGACCUGACCUACGACACGGAGUGUGGCAUCAUAUGCGGAGAACUUGCCUGUGAUAUCGUUGACGAGAUUCACAUUGCCUCGCUUCACUCGUCGUGGACGAACGCCCCGUUCUUCAAGUGUCAUGCGGCUACCACCCUCUUUUCCCCAGUGGUAAUUCUGGCUACAUUGCUCAUUCGUGAGCGGGGUCUGACAUCAACGAUGUUUGCCAUGUACCAGACGCACUUUGAGCGAGCCGUUCAGGUGAUUUGGGGACUGGCAGCUGAAGGUCAAAUCGGCGCACUCGUGGAAGCCCAGCUCUCCCAGGUGAUCCGCCUGACCCAGGACAGGCUGUCCACGUCGCCUGCAGAGCAGUCUCUUCCUGCAGAUGAUGUUCAUGUAGACUUUGAUAUUAGUGAGCUGUUCUCGGCCGAGCUUGAGAACCUGGCGUACCACAACACCCACAACAGCCUCCACGAGACAGCCGCCUCCGAUAUGAGCUGGUGGGAGACUGUUGCUGGCGAGAACCAACUCAACUCCGACGACCUGGUCUGGAACUCGUUAUUCCUGUCCAUGGAGUAG